CUCAGUUUAGUCUUGGCCAGAACACAGGCCUAGCCGCAUCACCGUACUAUGAAUUGGUACGUGCUGCGCCGUUUUACGUGUAAAUCGAAUUCGCAUAGAUAAAUUACCGUGUGAAUUUAAAAAAGUAAGAGAAAGAAAAAAAAAACCGACGAAAAAAAAAUUAACAACAAAAGCAAAGAAAGAAAGAAAGAAAGAAAGAAGAGAAAUAGACAAAAAACUUAACCAACGACAACAAUAAUAGUAAUUAUUGAAUAAUUGUAAAAAUUAAUUGAAAUUUUUUUUUUGCUCUUCACGACGAGUUCAUCGCGUAACGUUUCGCGUACUCCGCUCAAUCGGUAUAUCGUAGAUAUCAACUUGUGCGCGACUUCGUUGACGCUCCUCCUGCUCCUUCCGCUUUUGCUGUUGUUGCACCUAUUUGCACGCACAUACGCAGGCACAUGAUAUUCAACCAGUGAAUAUACAGUUUCAGGUUAGGAGCCUGCUAGGACGGGUCUCUCUUGAAAUCCGCUCGAACGUUCGUGAGACGCAGCAAACGUAACUGCAUGACCAAUAAAUAUAUUGGCAAGUGACAACCGUCGUAUUGAAUAAUAUCAAACAAACGAUAAGAAAACAAACAAAAAAAAAAAACUAUAACGAAUGCAAAGGACUAUAUGUAUAUAUCUAUAUGUGUGGACACGUCCUAUGAUAUGUUCAAUGUGUGUGUGUGCAACGACCGAUAAUAACGAUCAACCGAUAUCCGAUAUCAAUAUUAUGCCGGAACCGUGAUUGAAGGACACCCGACACAUACUCAAAAAAAUUCUGGAACGUCGGUCGAUUCCGAAACGAUCUACGUGGAAUAAUCAUUGUGAAAACUUGUAAGAAUUCUACACUUGCAAUCAAUUUAAUCAAAACAAACGAUUUUUGGUAUCGCACCGAUACCGCGUAAUUACAUUAAUCAGUGCAGCGAUUUAAUUGGAUAUUGGUACCUACCAGUGCAGGAUUAAAAUUCAACACCGAGUUUUCGUUUCAUUUUUUCUUUUUCUAUUAUUCGAAGAAUUUUUGGGAUUGAAAACUCGAACUGAAUAAUUUUCCAUUCACCACCGCAUCCGAGAAGAGAACGAAAUUGAUCGAAAUAAAAGUGUUGAAAAGUGUCGAUCGCGGUAUUUUUGACCCGAUCCUCUUCGAGCACAGUGACAUAAAUGGUACCGGGACUUUUCUAUAUUCGAAAAGUUUGUUCCGGUAAAACAAUCCGUUCAUCGAGCGUCAGCUGCUGGAUGGAUUGAUUCUGAUAAUAGUGACACACAAGUACCUGUCAAACCGAUCCCGAGAGUGAUCACGAUGUCUUAGCCGACAAUCAUCAUCGAGUAUCUAGUGCGCCAAACUUGGAAAUAAGCAUAAAAAAUCAUUAUCAAAAAAAAUUGAUAAGAAAGAAAAGUAAAUGAUAAAAUUCAAAAAAUUACAAAAGACUUUACUUUUGGUGAAAGUGUAAUGACCGAUAAUAUAAUCAACGUGAUAACAUUGGCAUAGCCAAAUAAAUAUCGUGCAGGUGUAUCGAUGAUAAGAAAUCGUCCGAGGAUCCCACGAGAGUGUGAGAAACGCAAUAAUAAUUGUGGUGCAACGGAUUUAGUUGAUAAACGGAUAGAUCGUGAUGUCCUCACGUCGUCGGGAGUUUAUCUGCAUUAGCGUUACACGUGAACUGUGACCUCGAUGCCGAGGUGACCUGUGUAGCUAGCCGUAGUAGUUUGAGGCGAAAAAUUGUAAAAAACAAAACCAAGAUAGAAUAAAAUUGACUUUUCAAAGUGGACUUUGACCGUGCGAAUUGAAGGGAUGGUGGUGAAAUUGUCGCGUAAAAAGUGUAGUUUACGGUAUACCGAUUACAUCGACGUCUCGCGGCUUUUGAAAGCCGGUGAUUUCAGCUGAGUAUACGGCAAUCGUGAGAAAAGAAAGAUCGAAAAUUGAAAAAACGGCUACCGUGGUUCACUGCGGCCGGAGGUGGAUAUCGAGGUAUCACGGAGCCGCUGAACAGCGGCAAAUUGAUCGCUGUUGACAGACAAAUCGAAGGUGAACGGGAACGACGAGGUAUUUUGGGCCCUGACGAUAAGCUGCAAUCCGUCAAAGUGGCUUCGUCGUUGGGCCUCCAGGGGCCUUCUGCGCCAAUCGGGGCCCAAUUGUUGGCUUCUGCAGGGGCUGAAGAUGCCGCGCCAGCGACUGUCUAUCACGCCAACCUCGUAGCUGGCAGCAAUUCAUCGGUAGCAGCAGCACUUCAGCAACCCCUCAACUCCGCGGCAAUUGUCAACAUGCAGGCCUCCGCGGAGGCCAAUUCACUCGACCUACAGGCCAUGCAGUCCAUGGACUGGCUAUUCAAGAAGGAAAAAAUUUACCUUCUCGCACAGUUCUGGCAGCAGAGAGCGACUUUGGCGGAAAGAGAAGUCACUGCGUUGAAGGAACAGCUCGCAGCGGCGGGCGACGGAACGACAAAGACUGAGGGGCUGCAAACGCCCCAGAACCUACACCAUGGGGACCAGGCCCACGACCUCAACAAUCCCAGGCGGACUCCGAACGCGAACUUCGAACAGGAGUUGCACACCAAAGACAAAGAGAUCAGUCAGCUGAGCGAAGAAGUAACGAGACUACAGCAGAGCAUCCAGCGGCUCCAAGAGAGCAGCGCGCAGGCUACGGCUCGCCUGGAAGAGGAACUCGAACUCCGUAGACAACACAUAAACAGAUUGGAAGCCAGACUCGAGAGACAAAGAGACUAUGAGGACUUGAAGCGAGAAAUCAGCGUGUUGAGGUCCGUGGAUUUUUCCCAGAUCGCGACCGGGGAACCUGGCAAGAGCCUCGAACUUCUUCUCCUCGAACGGACGAAGGCUCUUCAGCAAACGGAGAUCCUUAAGCCACCGACAACGCCGGACGCACUCGGUGGCCUUGCUUCCCCCUUGCAGCGAGCCGCGAACGCCUCGCCUCACGGUGGCAACGCGCUACCCUCAGCAUCCCAACCGCCGCAACCCCCUCCACCUCCUCCGCCUCCACCACCCCUGCCGGCCUCCACUCGAUCGACCCCUACUCCUUCUUCGGCGACUUCUUCGUCCUCCUUACUAUUCCAUCCACCUCUCCAAAACGUGGAGACGUUCGGCUCAUUCCUCGGUGAGGAGAUCGUCGCCAACUGGAGGCGGUCCCUGGAGAGGUCUAUCAUGAGUCAGCAGCAUCCCCAAGUCUCGCAAAACCAGCAUCAGUUGUUGCACGGGCCCUCGUUAAACCAUCUUCCGUCACCGACAGAUUCGACGAACACCGUACCGGCAAAGUCGAGUACACCGCUCGGCGCGGGUUUGGAUGCUUUGGAAAAAUCAACCACACCGAUUCCUGGUCAGGAAACACCCGCCGCUCCACCGACGCCUUCGACGAGAGCGAGUCUCACGUCACCCCCCAGCCUUCAACCGCCUACCCCCACGGUCGUUGAACAACAACAACAACAGCAACAGCAACAGCAACAACAACAACAGCAGCAGCAGCAACAGCAGCAGCAGCAGCAACAACAGCAACAGCAACAACAGCAACAACAACAACAACAACAACAACAGCAACAGCAACAACCCGUACCGUCCAUGAACGGGAUUCCGCCAAAGAGUCCGGUGGAGGAGUCCUGCCACAACAAUAACAACUCGCAUCAUCUAACCAACAAUAAUAUCGGUGGUGGUCUCAGCGUACUCGACACCCUGAAGAGUCCGUUUCGCUUUGACGAUCAUCGGGCACACUUCCGGUUUGCGGACGAACUCGGUGCUGCCGGUAUGGCAGGUCGCCUUGGGGAGUCUUUGAUCCCCAAGGGCGAUCCGAUGGAAGCCAGACUCCAGGAAAUGUUACGUUACAACAUGGAUAAGUACGCCUCGCAGAACCUCGACACACUGCACAUCGCGAGGAGAGUUAGGGAACUUUUAUCGAUACACAAUAUCGGGCAGAGACUUUUCGCUAAAUACGUACUCGGACUGAGUCAGGGAACGGUUAGCGAAUUACUCAGCAAACCGAAACCGUGGGACAAGCUGACCGAGAAGGGGAGAGACAGCUACAGAAAGAUGCACGGUUGGGCUUGCGACGACAACGCUGUCAUGCUGCUCAAAUCUCUCAUCCCAAAGAAAGAGUGUGUUCCAGGUAAGGAGCAGGGUAUGCCGACGUUUGCCAGAGGUCCUCAGGACGGUGGUCCCCAGGACAUAAGCGACGAACGUUUGGCCCAUAUGCUAUCGGAAUCCGGACACCUGCAGCUGCGUAGCGAACACGACACCUCGAACGAUGCCGACAGUAAAAGUCCGCAUCGCGUCGGUUGUCCGAGUCCAUUCAGCAAGGACAGAAUGGACAGCCAAAACAGGAGACUGAAGAAGUACGAGAACGACGACAUUCCCCAGGAAAAAGUUGUGAGGAUCUACCAGGAAGAACUCGCGAAACUUAUGGGACGCAGAGUCGACGAUCUUCGCGGACCCAGGGACUUUCCUCCGAGCGCGAUGUUUCCACCCUUUUUCAGCGGGGCGCAGGGUAUGCAGGGGAUGGAUCGCACGCAGGACGACAUUCGCCUCGCCCUUGACGCGUAUCAUCGCGAGCUGCAAAAACUGAAUUCCGGCGCCGGACAAAAUCCAGCUCUCGCCGGACUUCCCGGUCUUCCGGGACUUCCGGGACUCCUCGCUCUCCAGCAGCAAGCUCUUCAGCAGCAUCACCUAGCGACGAACGGCGGCGGAGUCCAGGACCUCAGCCUGGUCAAGGUCGAUCCGAGAAACAAGAUGAUGAACGGUGUGUCGGAGGAAGAGAAGGAAAAGAUGGAGGAAGCCAUGAGACACGCGGGAAGCGCGUUCUCCCUGGUACGACCCAAGCAAGAACAACCCAUCGGGCCACAGUCAACCCCCGGUGGUUCCAGUGCGAGUUCCCCGCUGGGUAACUCGAUUUUACCACCGGCAAUGACGCCGAGCGAAGAAUUUGCCGGCGCCGCGGCAGCGAGCCCCUUGCAAAGAAUGGCGUCCAUCACUAAUAGCUUAAUCAGCCAACCGUCCACUCCAACUCACCAUUCGCCGAAUCAAAGACCGUUGAAAGCGGUUUUACCACCGAUCACGCAACAACAGUUCGACAUGUACAACAAUUUGAAUACAGAAGAUAUCGUCAAAAGGAUUUCCGUACAGGUGAAGGAGCAGCUCUCCCAGUAUUCGAUUUCUCAACGUUUGUUCGGCGAAUCCGUAUUGGGACUCUCCCAAGGCUCGGUGUCCGAUCUUCUGGCUCGACCCAAGCCAUGGCAUAUGCUCACGCAGAAGGGACGCGAACCGUUCAUCAGGAUGAAGAUGUUCCUCGAGGACGAUAACGCCGUCCACAAACUCGUCGCGAGCCAGUACAAAAUCGCUCCGGAGAAGCUCAUGAGGACCGGCGGCUACGGCGGCCUGCCUCGUAAGUUCAACUCAGCAUGCGGAACCCCGAUGAAGCCGAUGCCACCGACAAAACUUGUCCAAGAGCAACUCCAGAACGCCGCCAAAGCUCAGGCUGCCGCACAAGCCGCGGCUCAAGCGGCGGCACAGCACCAACAGGAAAGUCAGAUGCAGCUCGGUCCUCCUCAGCAAAGUCCACAGCAUCCGCAACACCCCCAACCACCGCCGCCGAUGAUGCUGACCCCGACCGGCCCUCACCAUCCGCACGCCCAACUUAGCAUGCAGGAACUGCAGAAGAAACAGCAGCAGAUGAGCCUUCAUUCUCCACAUCAUCAGAUGACGCCUUCGCCACUCCGAGGACUUCAUCCCCACAUUUCACCGAGUGUUUACGAAAUGGCGGCGCUUACCCAGGAUCUCGAUACCCAAACGAUCACGACAAAGAUCAAGGAAGCUCUCUUAGCGAACAAUAUCGGUCAGAAGAUAUUCGGUGAAGCAGUGUUGGGUUUGUCUCAGGGUUCCGUCAGCGAGCUAUUGAGCAAACCGAAGCCAUGGCACAUGCUCAGUAUAAAGGGACGCGAGCCUUUCAUAAGAAUGCAACUCUGGCUCUCCGACGCCCACAACGUCGAUCGGCUUCAAGCUCUGAAGAAUGAAAGACGAGAGGCGAACAAGAGGCGGCGAAACAGCGGUCCCGGUCACGACAACAGUUCGGACACAUCGAGCAACGACACGGCCGAGUUUUAUCACGCUGCGUCCCCCGGUCCAGGUCCGGCAUCGGCGAAAAAACAACGCGUCCUGUUCUCCGAAGAACAAAAAGAGGCUCUGAGGCUCGCUUUUACCCUCGACCCCUACCCGAACGUGGCGACGAUAGAGUUCCUCGCCGGUGAGCUUGCCCUAUCCUCGCGAACGAUAACGAACUGGUUCCACAACCACAGGAUGCGUCUGAAGCAGCAAUCCCCUCACGGUCCCCAAGAGGUCCAAUCCCCGAGGGAACCGGGGCAACCUUUCGAUUCGGUACAGUUCCGACUACUCCUCAACCAAAGACUACUGGAGAUCCAGAAGGAGAGGAUGGGCCUCGGUAACGUCCCAAUUCCGUACCCUCCUUACUUCAACACAAACCUUGUCGCCCUGGUGGGUAGCGCCCUGAAAGAACAGUGCUCGGGUCUCGACCUAUCGAUGGGUGCGUUGAAACGAGAACCCAACCAGGAAUUCGAGGACGACGACGGUGACGACGCGAUGAGCAAUCUCGGUAGCGAAGACUCCGAUGGUUCGGGGGGUAGCAUAAAACGUGAGCCAACGGAAACUCCUGCUCCGUCAGCGACGGUCCGAUCCAACAGAAGAAAGCCGGCCGCUCCGCAAUGGGUGAAUCCCGAAUGGCAAGAACCAGCCAGAACCGGUGACGAGGUGAUAAUAAACGGGGUUUGCGUCAUGCAGACGGACGACUAUGGAGUGAAAAGGGAAACGGAGGAAACUGUUCGCGUCGAACCGACGCCGGUACAAGACAGAUACGAAGAGGACGCAGGUAGUGAUUCUUCGUCAGCGUCGGGAGCGGGUCAAGGGUUACAGGACAGAGACAGCCCGAUGCCGAGUCCUAAGUCCGGUCAGCACAGUCCUGUAACGUCGCCACGGCCGCCUUCGGAGCAGCCUAUGAGUAUGCAACAACAGCAACAGUCUGUCGAAGAUAAUGCGAAGGACGUUGUUAAGCACGAACCCGAGGAGGUGUGGGAUUACUAGUGUCGUAUUUCAAUGAGUUUCCGUGACUGAUCGUUCGGUGAUAAAUUAUCGAAAAAUUUUACAGUGAGAUAAAGAGGAAUAAAACGUAGUGGGACGAAAAAGAGGGACACGUCCCUCGUUUACACGUAUUCCCAUCUCUUGCGCGAAGUGCGGUAUUUGAACAAAUGAAAAAACAGUGUGAAGUGAAUAUUAUUGCACGCGCGAUUUGCCAAAAUGACGCUUUUCGAAAGUGAUCUUAGUAAAAAAAAAAAAAAAAAGGUAAAAAAAAAAAAACAUUAUAAUAUACAAAAAUUAAUGAAGGGAGAAAAAUAAACCAAAAAAGAAAGGAAAAUUUUCAAAACGAUAAAUGUAACCGUAAUUGAAGAAAAAAAAAAAAUUAAAACAUAAUUAUUAAUAAAUAUAAAAACGCAAAACUACAUAGUUUAGAUGAAUCUAAAAGAAGCCAACGAUAGGAUCAGCUAGGGCCGAUUCCUGCCUAAAAUAAGGGCAUUACCAUGUAUACAUAUACCGGCGCAGAUUGUACCGAAUAACUGACAAAAUAAUAAAGAAAAUAAAUAAAAAUUAUUUAAGAGGGCGAUUACCAGUUAGUUUGAAUAAAUAACUAUUAAACAAGAAGACAAGAGAUAAAAUUAAAUCAAAUAGAAAAGAAACAAACGGGCCAGCGAAUCACACCGGUUUCAGAGAGCAGAAUCAAAAACUAUUUAGCACAGUGAACGGAGCGAGGGCAGUGAGUGUUGUAAUUUGGUUCGUGCAGGGUGCAGGGGACCGUGUAGGAAGAGUACGAGGAGGUUUGAGACUUAAAUUAUAUCUACAUCUCCUCAAAACGUUCCACAUAUCGCUGCAAAGCGCACGAAGAUACUCUAGAUUUAUCGAUCAUACAUUCGCGUUGCACUAUUGGCAAUCUGCUGUACGAAUAACACACGCGUAUGUAUUAUGAUAUAGAGUACCAAUCCUUUUUUUCAGAUAUGAAAUAAGAAUAAUAAAUAAAAUUAAGUAAUAAUAUCCGAACUUUGUCCGAAACAGUUUGGACACCACAGUGCAAUCUCCCGUAACGUUAUUAGAUCAAAUUAUUAUGAUUUUUAUUAUUAUCAUUAUUAUUAUACUAAUGAUUUUUAACUAAGUUGAAACUAAAUCAUUGCAUAAUUGUGAUUCAUGUUAUUGAUUAUAUUAUCUCAUAGGAUAAGCUGUUAACGUUAUAUUUCUUCUGUUUUCGGUUGAAUAUUACUUUUCAUCUACGAGUUUUCCUUUCUUUCUUACUGUCUGUCUUUCUUCAUUAUAAAUAUUUUUUGUCUACCGAGCCUCUAUUUAUAAAAACGCAUGGAAAAUAAUGAAAAAUUCACUUACGCCCGUUACCAAUGUUAUAUUAUUGUAAUUAUUAUUAUUAUUAUUAUUAUCAUUAUAAUUAUUGUCAUCAUUACUGUUAUGAUCAUUAUAAUUAUUAUUAUUAAUAUUAUUAUCAUUAUUGUUAUUAUUAUUAAAACAUUAUCAUCAUCACAAUGAAUAUGUAUGAUGUAGCCAAAAAGUAAACGAUCGUGGAAGAGACUAUUUCUUCGGUUUUUUUUUUCGUUUUUUUUCUAUCUCUAGAGAUGAUAGCUAUAAUUGCGUUGUAAUUACUGUAGUAGUAAUUGAUAAUUAAAACAUUAAUUAUUAUUGUGAAAACGAACGGCUUAUGAAGCCAAUGUGAUAUAGCUUACAUGCUUACAAGCGAGCCAGGGGUUCUCAACCUCGAGAUGUGACGUAAUGAAAUGUACACGUGAAAUGGUAGUGUGGUUUCUUGACUUACAUGUGUAAAUAAUUGUACAAAAUUAAAUUGAACGCGAGAAAGAGAAGACAAAAACCCUGUACAUUACUAUACUAUAUAAUAAUUAUUAAACUCUAUACAGUAUAUACCGAAACGUUAGGACUCCUACAACGACGAACAAAAAUUCAAACUUAAUGUAUAAGAUUAUAAUGCCUGAUAUAAAGUGAUUAAAAGAAUGAGAGAAGAACAAAAUAUCCCCCGACUUUAUGAAUCAAACUAGUAUUUAACGGAUUAGGCUAUGUUUAAUCUAUGAUUAAAUUCUAGUCCCUAAUUAGAACCGAUUUUAAUGAUAAAACUGAGACGAACGUUAAAGGGCAUUGCAAAAGAAAGACCAGUGAUCGACAUUUUUCCUUUGUUAAGAUUUAAGUUUCUUACAAGUUAGUAAAAUAUCGUAAUGUAUAUAUUUAAACGUAAAAAUCACAACUUAGUUAGAUAGUUAUCCAGUUAGUUGGUUAGUUAGUUAGUAUACUAACUCAACUGAUAACGAAAAUCUAUUAUACUAGAGGCCGACAGCUGAAUAAGAACAAUUGAUCGAUAGUUCAUUCAUUGAUUCGCACUUAUCCUGCAUUUUAUCAGUCAAUCAUAUAUUCUUCAGCUGUCAAAUGUUUUAAACUAGCGGCAAAAGUACACGAUCUCAAACACUAAUACCAAACUAAAUUAUUUAAAUUCAAUUAGCUUAAUACGUUUUAAAUUCCCAUGGUCAAUAUUAUUCGAGUUCUAUACUAUAUUAAACAACUGUCAAAUGUCUAUUGAAAAUUAUUUGCAAGAAAAAAGAAAAGAAAAAAGAAUAAUAAUAGUAAUAAUAAUUAUGAUAAUUAUAAUAAUUAUAAGAUUAAUAAUAAUAAUAAUUAAAAUAAUAAUAACAAUAAUAAUUAUAAUAAUUAUAAUAAUAAUUAUAAUAAUAAUUAUAAUAGUAAUAAUAGUAAUAAUAGUAAUAAUAACAACUGGGCGAUGAUCUGCUGCAGGAAUUCUGAAAAUCCCUCGACUUCCGUUUGAUUUUAUUAAAACUCGUUCUCGGAUAUAAAAUCGCGAGCUCAACUCAAUUAUACAGCAAUUGGUCCUCUUAUUCUCUGAUAGUUUGUUUUUUUUUAUAAUCGCGCUGCGAAUUUGACGUUUAUUUAUUUUAUUUCUUUUUCUCGUCAUUUCGCUGUACAUGAAUUAAUUCAGUUGUCCUGGCGACACUUUGUUAGCAUUUUUUAUAUCAAUAAGUAAUACUAUAAAUGGUGACGAACUGCAUUGUAUCCGCAGUAACGAUUUUCAUUGAUCGGAUUUCGAAGCAAUACAAACGUACGUGCACUACCAAUCAAUCGGGCAGCCGUUCGCUAAUUAAUAUUGUAUACGUUAAUUGUCGCCGAGAGUAUUCGACCAGUGGCUGUUCAAAGGCCUACUAUAUCUAUUAUUUCAUCUUCAUUCAUCAGCAUAUCUAGGUUUUUAUAGAUAAUCGAUAGAACGUAGAUAAUAGCUUUAAUUAUUUAAACAGUACAGCUUUUAAUUAAGAAACAUGAUUCAUAAAGAUGUAAUAUAAAAUUCGUAUAUUAUGAAUAUGCCUAGAAUUCGUUAUGAUAUAGAAAACAUGAAAAAUCAUAUCGUAAACUUAAUGAAUAUUUUACAAAAUAAAAUUGUAGAUAGACCUUCAGAAAAAUAUAAAUACCCUUCACGAAGAUAUACACGGAUAUACGAUCAAGAAAAAAAAAUGAAAAC